GUGUGAGAUUUCAGAGAAAAUUCAAAUUGAGCUUACGGGAUUGAUUCGCUGGUGUGAUACGGACAACUUUAUUGCUUUCUGUUUAAUUGUUUUGUAAAGGGGCCCAUUCGGUGCGUGAAUUUUUUUGGACAAAAUCGUUGCUUCUGUUGCUUUUCAAGCUCCCAAUUGCACAAAUUAUCGUCUCAUCAUGCAGACUGGACAAACACAAGGCUUUAAGCUGGGAGGAGGAACAGGCUUUGGACUUGGUGGUCAACCUCAGCAGGGCGGCUUGAGACUCGGUCUCGGGGCACAGACACAAGGAACAGGAGGCUUACAAUUGGGACUCAGUCAACAGCAGCAGCAGCAGCAGACAGGAUUCAGACUUGGUCUCGGAACAACAACAACGAGUCAACAAACUGGUGGACUCGGCCUUGGACUCGGUCAACCAGGCGGUGGCUUGUCUCUUGGUGGUCAAACUGGAGGAUUAGGGUUAGGACAGACGCAGAAAUUGGGUGGGUUUAACCUCGGUUUGAACCAAACGAAGCCGACUGGACUUGGACUCGGUCUUGGUAUGCAGAGUCAAACGGGAGGCCUACAACUUGGUGGUAAUAGAGGAAUGGCACUUCAACUGGGAGGAGGAGGACUCGGACAAGGAAUGACCGGGUUACAAUUGGGGAAAGGUUUAGGGUUAGGACAACAGCCUCAAGGUGGAGGGCUUGGUCUCACGUUAGGUAUGCCUUCAGGGACGUCGUUUGGGCAACAGCAGCAGGUGCAGACAGCAGGCAACGAGUUGACUGUCAUGGCGUUUGCUCUGUCUCGUCCGAAUGUGUUUGGCGAUGAGCGAGACGCUGUGAUCGCCAAGUUCAACCAGCUGCAAGCUUAUUGGGGAGAAGGCAAGGGGUUUGCUAGCCAGCAAGACGUCGUCAACUUCAGACCGGAAAACCCAUUCGGCCGCUUCAAAUCGAUCGCAUACAAUCGGUUGCCAACAGCGAAGGACGAAGACGGUCUGUUAGGGUUAGAGUUCAAGCAGCCGGAGAGUCAACUGCAUGACAAGUCGACUGUGAUCCAACAAGAAGUCCAUAGAAUACUCGGCGGGAAACCCGAGUUUGCUGUACGUGUGGAGACGAUCAAGGGACUGCCGAGCGGUCGUUGUGAGGUCGUGUUGUACGUGAGCGAAGUAUCCGCAGCGGGUGGAACCCGACGCGUUCCCGCUAGUCGUCUCUACGACGUCCUACAGUCAACAAUGAUGCAGUCACAACUCAAACAGGUGGGUGUGGUCCGUCUCUAUUUGAAAUCCGGCAUGACGUCGACUCAGAUUCAAUCAUAUUUGGAUAAUCCGCCUGUCGGUAUCGACGAUUUCAUGUGGGACACAGCGAAGCAAGAGAAUCCCGAUCCGAACAGGAUGCUUCCCGUUCCCAUCAUCGGGUUGUCCGAACUGCAGCAGCGGAUCAAGCAACAGGAGCAGGAGACGCAGCAGCAUCAAUCGAGACUGAAGAUCAUUCGAGACAACGUCAGCCAACUGCAGCAGCAACACACGACGACGAUGGCCAAGCUCGCGCAGCUCCGACGCAAGCACCACGAACUACAACGACGCGUUCUACACGUCAUGGUCGAGCAAGAAAUCACGAGAAAACAAGGAUUCGCCGUUCAACCAGACGAGGAGCAGCUACACAUUCAACUCGACAGCAUCCAGACGGAACUCAACGCUCCCAUGCAAUUCAAAGGCCGACUAAACGAGCUCAUGUCUCAAAUACGUCUGCAAUCGCUCACGUCUCCACCCGACACGCUAGAAACUCAAUUCGCACUCGACCCUGCGUCUCUGCAUGAGAUCAAGCAACACUUGAAGGAACAACAGCGAGGGCUCGAGCAUCUAAAAUCAAUCCUCAACGACGACCUCGAUGAUCUAGCAAUCAUCGAACAAGGACUGCAAGACAAGAAGGUCUAGUAGUCACCU